UAGCGCGCGUGCGGUGUGUGAGCGAUGGGCAGGCAGGCGCUCUCCGGUACUCUCUCUCUCUCUCCGGUACUGUCUCCGGUGCUGAACACGGGAGGAAAGUUGUCCUCCACCGUUUGAGGCUCUUUUAUAUAUUCAUGUAUCACUGCGUCUCCGUAAUAACGGGAUUGAAAUGAUCUGCAUUCAACUUGGAGCUCGUGCGGAACUUGGUUUGGUCUGGCACAGAUUCUCAGAUUCUUCUCCCAGGACCAUUUCGCUUUCCUUUUAAACGCGUAACAUCAUCCUUCUAGAACGAACAGUUUUUAAAAAAAAAUCAUUUGCAGAGUUUAUUGCGUUGUUAAACUGCUUUAAAUACUCUGGGAAACUUUUGCGUAAAGGCACCUAUUAUCGACAUGCUCUAUGAGUGAGUAACCUUUACAUAUAUAAAAAAGUGAACGCUUCAGUUAAUGUAGAGUUAAUGUAUAUGUGUAAUGCAUAUCUAUUUUGAAAUAUACGCUAUAUCAGCUAAUAUGACUGCUUUCUAUUUUAAUUACGAGUAGGCGUUUGGACUGGUUUUUUCCCACUGCAGUGCUGAAGUGUACAUUUGGGACAAAUGAAGCGGCCAGUUCCAGUUCUGAAGUAUUUUAUGGUGUGUUGAUAGUUUAAUACUGGCUUAUAAAACUGUAAAUAAAACAACUGACACUUAAAAUGCAUCUUGUUUGGUGAUAGGCUGUGAUCAGAAUUCACUCUGUAUUGUGUUAGGAGGGAUAAAUCUCUCGGCUUGGCUUCAGACUAGAUAUUGAGCCUAAUAAUUUUGGGGAAGGUGUUGAUGUAGGUUCCUUUACUGGUCAUAUAAUAGAUUACAACCUGUUUAAAACACACUAAAGAAUAAGAAAUGAAGCGCAGGAUGUCGAGUCACUGCAUGCCAGGGUCUCAAGGUGCUUCUGUUCUGCAUUGUGUCCGAAAUGGCACCCUACUCCUUAUUCCCUACACACGGCGAAGUGCACUCUGGCUGGUUUGCAUGCGUUAAGCUACACCGUUUGGACACUGUGACUUAAGGACUGCGCCUGAUAUUCUGCAACACGCUUGCAGACAUGAAUAUGAAACGGCAAAAGUCUCUAACAAGUGCGCUAUAUCGUGAUUAAGUGGAUGUUUUAGACGUACGCACGAACAGACGCACGCACGCUCGCUCGUACGCGCGCGAUGAGCUCGGAGUUGGAGUGCGUGUCGCUCAAGUCGCGGGCGAACUCCGUGGGCUCGGGCGGUCGCUCUCUCUCCGUUAACGUCCAGCGGCUGCACGACUCUCUGCACGUGUUACUCAGCGACACCGAGCGCGAGCAGUUCGCGCACUGCCUGAGCGUGUACCACGCCAAGCGCAACGUCUUCGACCUGGUGCAGACGCUUAAAGUGAUCCUCGACACGCCCGGCAAACGCCAACUGCUGCCCAUGCUGCGGCUCGUGCUCCCCCGCGCGGACCAGCUGCUGUUCGACCAGUACACGUCUGAGGGCCUGUACUUGAAAACAGAGCCGCCUACGUCUGUCGUGGACGCGCACCACGCACCUGGAGAAGUCAAUCACGCAAACGCCGUUAUGAGCGCCCACGCGCGCGCGCCCUCAGUGCACUUUGCCGGCGCGGCGGAUUUCAGCACCGCGGCUGAAGGGACAGCGCACGACGACACGCGUCACGUGACUCUGAAACGCUCCAAGAGCCACGAGGGCCUCGGUUUCAGCAUCCGGGGCGGCGCAGAGCACGGAGUGGGGAUCUACGUGUCUCUGAUAGAGCCGGGCUCCUCAGCAGAAAGAGAGGGACUCCGCGUGGGAGACCAGAUCAUCAGAGUCAAUGACGUGGUGUUUGACCGGGUCACCCAUGGAGAGGCAGUCAAGGUGCUGAAGGGUUGCAAGAAGCUCUGCUUAUCAGUGUGUUCGAUGGGGCGGAUCCCGGGAGGUUAUGUGACCAAUCAUGUGUACACAUGGGUAGAUCCUCAGGGCCGGAGCAUCUCUCCGCCCCCUGACCUGCUGGAGCAGCAUACAGCAGGCGGACGACACUUUAACAGCCAGCGCCGCGGACACGCCCAACAACAGGGGGCGGAGAGAAGGGUCACCAUCUCCUUGGACGACGGACGUCCUCUGGGUCUGAUGAUACGUGGAGGAGCAGAAUAUUCCCUUGGGAUUUAUAUUGCUGGAGUGGACCAUGGAUCAGCAGCAGAGUGUGGAGGUUUAAAGGUUGGAGAUCAGAUCAUGGAGGUGAAUGGGCACAGUUUCCGCAGCAUUGCCCACGACGAGGCUGUGCAGAUCCUCAAGAGCUCCCGCCACAUGCUGAUGACCAUAAAGGACGUAGGGCGUCUUCCGCAUGCCCGUACCGUAGUGGACGAGACCAAGUGGAUCUCCAGCCCACAAAUCGCUGAGAGCUCGGCCAGCGCCACCUUGAGUGUGUCAGGAGACGCUGGUGCUGGGAGCUCAGGAAAGGGCCUGUCGUCAUCGGCGCUGGCAUCAGGACAUAUAGGGGCUCGGAGUUCUCUGGAGGAGCAGGCGUAUCUGCUGCUGACCGAGACAGAGAACCAGACCAUGACCUACUACAUCCAGGAGUACCAGUGUGGCCACAUUGGCGUGGAGCCUCUCGCAAUGGCCCUGUUCGAGCUCUUCAACACACACGCCAAGCUUACCUUGCUGGCAGAGGUGCGUGCUCUUAUUGCUCCUCAGGAUCUGGAGCGUUUUGAUGGCCAGGUCGUUCUCCAUGAGAUGGAGGCUUGGAGGGUGAGACAUGGAGGCCUGGGCCUGCUGCACCACGCCAAAGCCAUCUGCAGCUCUCAUCCUGAGGGUCAUGUCCCAACUGCCUGCCAGCUGACUGCUUCGGCAAUGGGCUAUGCUAAGAAUGAGUGCAGGAUGGAUGGAAGCGUGGAGGCAGGACCUGCGGGGGCUUUUAACUCCCUACCGGAAAUAGCUUUGGAUGAAGUGCAAGCUCGUAUCGAGUCUCCACCUAAUUUCAGACCCCCACCUCCACCCGGACACGGAAGUCCGAAGGUCCAGCUCAAACGCCCUACAUCUAAACUGUGCCAAUCCAACCUGCUCUUUACAACCCCCUGCAGGAUGCAGCAGGAACGUCAUACUCUUAACCACAUCGACCCACACAUGCACUCGUCCUGCUCAGCUCACACUUCCCCAUGCACUGUCCACCACAGUUCCUCCCCCUGUGUCUCCCAUCGUUCUCCUCCACCCUGCUCCCUCCAUCGCUGCUCUCCAUGUUCUCUCCAUCGCUCCGGACCUUCAGUUGAACCGCCAGCCAAAGACCUCGUCCAGUUUCUGAUGAGCAAGCAGGCGGCCAUGUUGCCACCCCAUCUGGAAUCUGCAAGUCGCUCGAGAGCUGCGACUCCGACUCCCAGCCGAUCAGCUCGCUCUUCUCCGUCCCUCUCGCCCUCCUUGCGUAUACCUGCACCGCCACCUUGCAGCCCGGAAAAACCCGAGGUCACGAUUUCCGCACCCGAUAUGAGCCCCAGAAUGGCUUGCCACCACAGACUCAACCUUGAGCAGGAGACUAUGGAGGAGAAGACACGGAUCCAACCACGAGGGGCUACUCUAUCCCAGCUCUCAGACAGUGGACAGACCCUGAGUGAGGACAGCGGCGUGGACAUUGCGGAGGCAGGGGGAAUGUGUAAGGACAGCAGUCCUCGGCCUGGUAAAGCCGUAUCCCACAAUGCAUCAGGAGAGCCGCACGGGGCAGAGAGAGCAGUAAAGAUUCCUAAUCACCAGUCAGGGCUGUCUGGGCCUACAUUGGUACGGGUGUCCAAGAGCGUUAAUACACUGGGCAUUGCUGUGGAAGGUGGCGCCAACACUAGACAACCUCUUCCACGCAUUGCAACUAUACAGAAAGGGGGCUCGGCUCAUCUAUGUGGGCAGUUGCAGGUAGGUCAGGUGAUCCUGGAGGUCAAUGGCAUGUCUCUCAAAGGCAUGGAGCAUCGAGACGCUGCACGUGUCAUUGCCGAGGCCUUUAAGACAAAAGAGAAGGACUACAUUGACUUCCUGAUUGCCGACUUUAAUGUUGCCCUAUAAGAGGUGUAAGAAACAUUACAUAAAGCUACGCAGACAUUGCACCUUAAUAUAUGUGGACACCGGUGGAUAGUAAGGACAUAUACACGAGUUGGCCAAGCUGGAGUCCCACAAGGAAAAAAUAUCUUUCAUCUUACCCAAUCACAUUGCCUGCUUAUUAAACAGACUUUUUCAGGGUCACAGAAAUGAGGUCCUGCUUUGCUUGCAUUCUGUAUUUGUGUCCCACCAGGCAUCCAGGAUUUGUGCGUGUUUAUGAAGUAGGAUAUGAUAAUGGGACAAGCUCUGAGGUUUUAGGUUGAUUAUUAAAAUCCAUCUCGUGAAGCAGCAGUAAAAUGAAAGCUUGAAAUGACUUGUCUCUGCCCUGUGCUCAAGGACAUCCCAGUGCAGACCAGAGAUAGAUGGAGAGAGCUAAUGGAUAGUGCUUAAAAUCCACUUUGUCUGAGUAUGAGCAAUAUGGGUGGCUGGUGGCUUGCCCUCAUUUCACUCUCUGGCCCAUAUUUUAAAUAAUGAUGGGGAGUUUAUAGCACUUUGGAUGUCUAAAUGGCAAAACACGCUAGGCUGAAGAAAAGCUGAAGAACACUGUUAGCUUGAAAAUCAUUUCUCAUGCAGACCCUACAACUAAUCACAUAUCAUGACCUAAUACUUAAAAGUGAUUAAUUUAUACUGCUCUAGAAUAAUGGUACAACGUCCUGUACGUACUUAAAGGAGCAUUUCGUAAUGUUUGGAGCCCUCUGCUGUCUUCAACUUGAACUGCAAUUGCAAUGUAAACAUUGACAGAUUUUACAAUUCCUCCAAACCGGCCCCACCCCGUGGGGUAACAUUUACAUAUGUUGAACUGCUGAUUAUAAGGAAUUCUGACUGAGGAGCUCUGUUGUACCUGGGGGCGGAGCUUAUUUCUGGGCCAGAUAAAGGUUAAAGUCUGAAAUUAAGAAAAACUCCAGUUCUAUUGCAUAGAAACUUUGGAAAUGACAGCUUUUCUGAUGUAUCUUAUGAAAUUAUUUGAAUAUUACAGGUCUGUAAGCACUUUCAAACACUAUAAACUGCACGUUUAGGGGAAACAAUGUUAGAAAUGUGUGUGAUAUGAAAAAUAUUGACACAGCGGUAUAUUAAUAAGCAACAUAUCUGGUCUUGAUGAUGAAUGUUCCCAAGCUAGCCCUGUAUUCAGUGCGGACUCUCAAGCACUGUAUGGAAAUGAAGUUCCCUGGUGUUAUUGCACUUUAGGGAGUACCAUUAAGGGGCUCCUCUAUCUGAAGACAGGUUAGCCCAUUGGGUGAAGGAAGUGAUUGUGCAAGCAUAGUUGAACGCAAGUCAAGAGACUACUUCUUUCAUUAAAUUUCUCUGUGUACCUUCACCAGAGUUUAAAAUGACUUCAUCACAGCCCAUAUUGGUGAGUUUGAGUAAUUCUCACCCUCAAUAGAGUACAAUAUCACAAUAUUGAGGGAUUUUUUUAUCCUCAACUACGGGCAAUAUUUAUUUAGUUAUUGUCUGGGAGGUACACUAUCAGGAUAUGUUCUGAAUCUUCAUGAGGACUUGCCCAAACCAUGUAUCCAUGGUUCUAUGACUUACUGGAGAAUGACAAGGCCAUACUGUUUGGUGAGAAUGGGAAAGUUGGUGAACGUGACAAAAUGGGUGACAGUUUAGCCCUUGUUCAUGUAGUAAAGAGCCCUUACGGUCCUCCAUUAGUCAUAGAAUGAUGCUUGUAUACAUCUUUAAUUUACAAGCAAUAUUUUGAAUAUUUUGGCAAUGCACAGGUAUCAGACAAACCUAUAGGCUGUUUAUCCACCAGUUUGACUAGUCAAUGAAAGAAAAGAAUUAUAAUAAGAGAAAAUAUUUGUAGUGCGAUUCAAUACUCAAUUUCUUCCUCUCUUCUUCUCUUACCCUUUCUAGCCCUAGCUCUUGUUUAUCUCUAACAAUCAUUAAUUAGCCUCAAAGGCUUUGCCAUGCUGCUCACCGUAUUGACAGAUCUAUUUUUAGAAUGAUUUGAUAGGAUGAUGAUGAUAAGAUUAUUGAGAUGUUUAUAUCAGUAUUUUUGACAUCAGAGAUAUAAUUCACUAAGAAUAAUGAUUUAGUUUUGUUGAUAUACAUGCAUGUCAUAUCCCCCAAAUAGCCCUAUAUAAACA